GUCUGUCCACAAAGCGCCCUCUAGAAAAUUGUCCUGCAGCCUGCAUGCAUUGAGCAUUACCAAUUCGUCGUCCAUUUGCGUUUUGUGCUUGAAGAUGUCGCAUCGUAAAUUUAGCGCUCCCCGUCACGGGUCUAUGGGUUUCUACCCCAAAAAGAGGUCUCAAAGACACCGUGGAAAAGUAAAAGCAUUCCCUAAGGAUGAUCCAUCAAAACCUGUGCAUUUGACUGCUUUUAUUGGAUACAAAGCGGGCAUGACACAUGUAGUAAGAGAAGCUGAUCGGCCUGGUUCUAAGAUAAAUAAGAAGGAAAUCGUAGAAGCAGUAACCAUUUUAGAAACGCCUCCAAUGGUUGUUGUGGGAGUUGUAGGCUAUAUUGAAACUCCACAUGGUCUACGUGCUUUGGCUACUAUUUGGGCAGAACAUCUGUCUGAUGAUUGCCGCAGGCGAUUCUACAAGAAUUGGUACAAGAGCAAGAAGAAGGCUUUUACCAAAGCCUCUAAAAAAUGGAGUGAUAACUUAGGAAAGAAGUCGAUUGAACGUGACUUCAAGAAAAUCAUAAAAUACUGCAAAGUAGUUCGAAUUAUUGCACACACUCAGAUGAAACUGUUGAAACAACGUCAAAAGAAAGCCCAUAUUAUGGAAAUUCAAUUGAAUGGUGGUACUGUUGCUGAUAAAGUAGCAUGGGCUAGGGAGCACCUUGAGAAGUCUAUUCCGGUAGGAAAUGUAUUUAGUCAAGAUGAGAUGAUUGAUUGCAUUGGUGUUACUAAAGGCCAUGGAUAUAAAGGCGUCACCUCCAGAUGGCACACGAAGAAAUUGCCACGAAAAACCCAUAAAGGUCUUCGCAAAGUCGCUUGCAUCGGUGCAUGGCAUCCUUCUAGAGUGUCAUUUACUGUUGCUCGUGCUGGCCAGAAAGGUUACCAUCACCGUACCGAGAUGAACAAAAAAAUAUACCGUAUCGGAGUUGGAAUCCACACAAAGGACGGAAAGGUUAUCAAGAACAAUGCUGCAACAGAAUAUGAUUUAAGUGAAAAGACUAUUACCCCAUUGGGUGGAUUCCCUCAUUACGGUGAAGUUAACAAUGACUUUAUUAUGUUAAAGGGUUGUUGCAUGGGGCCUAAAAAACGUGUCAUCACUCUCAGGAAGUCACUCUUGGUACAUACAAAACGUGUGGCUUUAGAAAAGAUCAAUCUGAAGUUUGUGGAUACUACAUCUAAAUUUGGUCAUGGAAGGUUCCAAACUGCUGCCGAUAAGACUACGUUUAUGGGUGCUCUCAAGAAGGAUAGAGUUAAGGAGGAAGACAAAGCAACUGCUGCUGCGCCUGCACCAGCGACCUCUUAAAAAAAUAGUUGUUUUAAUUAUUUGAUUCAAUAAAAUGAAUUGAAAAUGA